ACACGUCAUUCAUGCGAACUCAUCUCAAGAAGGACAGAGACAAGUUUAUUUUCCACCUAAGAACUAAGAUCUCUUCAAAUGUCAAACCAUGGUGACCUUUGACCUGGUCACGAGACAACCAAACCUGAUUGGUUUCUGAAUUGCUGUGGUUGCUCCCCCCUCAUCACCAGAAGUUGACUGACCGCUACAGCCGCUGAACCAUGGCAUUAAUUCUGUUCGAGAUCGCACGCUGCGCUGCGACAACAAUCUCUCACCAAAUUAAGACAUGCGCCAGAAUGGGUGCGCACGCCCGCUCGAGACACCAGCCUACAGCAGUUUCCACGCGAACGCUGAAGAGUUCGUCAUUUAGAGACGACGGGAAUGGAUCAGAGAAAUCGUCGUCUGCUGAAGUGGGCGCCAAGCAAAAGACGAGGUCCAGAAAUGACCAACCACUAUCUAAACGCAGCGCAACACACCUGUACCCAUCCCCAAAGCUCAGAAGUAAUAAAGGGCGAUUAGAUAAUGCAAGGACAACCUCCAGUUUGGGCUUUAAAAAUGCUUCCAAAACACCGGAAACACAAAAUGUUCCACGGGCGACUUCAGCUACAAGUGUCUACAUGGAAGAAAUGGUUUACAGUAAACCUAACAUCAGCAAAUCUGUAUCAAAUGUGAAACCAGUACCCAGUGUUUUAGCCCAAGACAUGUUGGGGAAAUCUUCAAAAGAGAGAGAGGGGGCUAAAUCACGCAAGUCACCGAAAAAUUUCGCAAGUGCCACAGAAAAAUUAGAAAACUGGAUAAAGUUUGAUGCUGCGCUUAAAAAUAUUUCCAAGAAUGAGGAUAAAGCUUGCAAGACUGGGUGUCAGAAUAAGGCUUCCUGCCGAAGUAAAUCCGCGACUAAGAAAGAAUCGCCAACUGUUGUCAAAUCAGACAGCCCUUCAGCAACUUUUAAAAGUGAAUCCCUACACAGAAUGUUAACGUUCUCAACACCCAAUGUGCAGACCAGAAACGACAUUGGGGAAGUAAAUGCUGAAAUCAUGAAACUAAGGCGCAAUAAAAACUUAGAAAAAGAUUCUUUAAGAUUUCCCUGGGCUAAAAAAGGUAAUUAUGUUGAUAAUGAAACAGAGGAACUAAUGGAAAUAAGACCAAAAUAUGUCGAACAUAUUUAUGACUUUCAAAAAUCUGGCACCAUAAAAAAGACUAGCUCAAGUUUACCCAGUUUUAACAGUCCAAACUCUAGCCAAGGCUUUACAAAGAUGCCAGAUAAAAAGAAUACAACCAUGUCAAAACGGGAAACUGGCUUUAUUUUAAUAAAUGACACAGCACAGCAAGACAAAAUCAGUAAGAAAACAACCAAAGAACAACCAAGUGGAUUUAUAUUAGUGGAUUCCAUUAAAACUCAGAUGUCAAAGAUGUAUGGAAAAGAUAAAAGAAAUGUUGUGUUUGCUAAUGACAAUCCAAAUGUGAAUGUGAAAAAAGCUACGUCCUUGAAUAGUGUUAUUAGUAAUAAUCCAGGUAUUCCUGUGAAAAAAACAAAGUCUUUAACUGGUGACACUAUUGUUGAUGUUCUUAAAGCUAAGCCUAGUAACUUCAAAAAUAAUGUGAAAAAUGACAAUGAUAGUGCUUUAAAUAGUAAUAAAAAUGUAACUAACAAAAAGGAAAUAAAUCUCCAAAAUGAAAGUACCACAUCUAUUAGAGAAAAAAUGAAAACAGAAAACACACAUGAGCUUGAUCUGAAAAAGAAAGAGAGCGCAGUGAAAUCCGCCCAGGAGAUGUUGAAAGAGAAGAGAGUACAGAUGGAAGAGGCUGUGAGCAAGGAAGUUCUGGCCUUCAGGACCAUCCCAGCUGUUGGCCCUCUCACAGAGUUGCAGACCAGGAUUGUUGAAAAACUCAACAAAAAUAAACAAAACAAAACCAGUGAAGUCUCCAACAACAGCGCCAAACGAAACAAGAAAUCAAAGAGAUCUAAUUCAGCAGAGCCACUGUUGUAUGUUAAACCAGAAGAGCUGCACAAAAAAGAAAGUUCCAGAGUACAAAGCAGGGACAGAAUAAAUUCAGACCUUAAUUCAUGGACUAAAGAGUUAAGCAAAAGACUUGCGGAUUAUCAGGCUCUAUCAAAUGACGUGAAACGAACUGUCAGCGCAACACAAGCAAAUACUGACAAGUCGAAAAAACAAGUUUCACCACUAGCAAGUCCAAGCAAGGCAUCACAAGAAAUUAAAUCACACCUCUAUCUGAACAGCUUGUCUUUCAAAGAAAAUUAUGGGAAAGCCUCAAAAACCCCAGCUCCUAGUUCACCCAAAUAUGACAUCACCCCAAAUGGUUCAGCUACAAGCGUUUCCUCACAGCAUGCACUGGGGACUGGUCUGGAAAAGAAUAGAAAGAAUGCUGAAAAUCAAGACAAGAAAACAAAGACUUCCCCAAUCUUGUCAAAGUCUUGGAUGGGUGGUGCGAAGGAUGCAGCUGCCAACAACAAGGUUGGUGCCAAGAAAACUUCUGCGAGUUCUACAACAAUAAAUACGAUGCCUGCUAACAAAACUGUUAUGUCAAGUGAGAAAUUGGUAUCGAAAGACACCAUAAGUGAAAGGGGAAGUAAUUUAUCUGCCACAGAAGGGAAGAAAAGAGAAAAAGUAUUGGACAGAUAUAUGCUGGAGACUUAUGAAGAUUGGGUCAAGGUAAGGGACAAGCAGUACAUGAAUAACUCAAUGAAACAAAAUUUAAACAGCCUGCAAGCUAAGAAAAUUACAAAAACUUCAAUAAACAGCAAUCAGUUAGUAAACAAAGAUAAAGAAACAAAAAAGAAAACUGUAUCAGGUUUCUUUCAAAGAAAAACUAAAGAUCUAGCUCAAGGUAAAAAAUUGAAUGAUCUCAAAGAAACAGCCACCACAUUGGAUGCGAAAAACAAGCUGGAGAAUUUACUUUACAAAGAUAUCUGUGAUACAUAUAUGAAAAUUCCAGAAAAACAACAACCAAAGUCUGCCAGCACCACUCUUGACAACAGCAGCACCAAAAAGGUCAUCGACCUACAACAAAAUGGCUCCUCAGUGGAUCAAGAUCGCAUUAGCAGACGUUUUGUCACAGAAUUCCAACCCAAAGUGGCGGUGGCAGAAAAAAGCCUAGAAGAAAUCUACACCCUUCUACGCCAGCUACAGCAGAGCAGCCUGGCUCUACAGAGUCUUGUUGAAAAGAUUUCACCCAUCACAGGCGCUGGGCAGCAAAGUGGAGAUAAAAAGGCUCAAAUUCAACAGCUAGUGAAAACAUUUGAUGGCAUGGCAUCAAUGGAGGUAAAUGACUUGGUAGGAGAGAAGAAGCAGCACUCUUUCAGCCAAAAAAAUAAAGAAAUGUUUUCUGCUAAAGAAGGAGAUUUAAGAGAGAAACUGGCCAACCAGAGGCAACAAAAAGCUUACUUUGAUUUGAUGAAAACUUUUGAAGAAAAUAUAAAAAAACAUGAACUUGAGUUAGUAAAAUACAAAAAGAAAUUGACAAAAGCUAAGAUGGAAGGCAUUGAUCUAUUCAAGGGGAAAUGAAUGCAUCAAGCUUUUUUUUAAAAAUUUGAUGCAAUUUUCAAACUACUGGAUGUUAAAAUUAGGAUGAGGGGGGAGCUAAAAUUAUUUUUUUAAAUAUUUAUUUUUUAUUGAUGUAUCAUGCCAUAAUAAACAUUACAAAAAAACAUCAUUGCUUAAAUUUAAAACAUAAGCAGCCAUCUUUACUUCAUUACAUUAUUUCACAAAUAAAAAACAUCACUUUCCAAACCAACACAAAAUAAACAAUAACUAUACAUGAAACUUCUAAAACAAAGCAUUUAUUCCAUGAAUUUGAUAACAAAUAAAAUUGUAUCAACUA